UAAAAUAGUAAAUUGAUUUAUUUGGAGAGAAAGAUAAGUGAAUAUGUAAAAUGACUAUUCUUAUUCAUUGCUCAAAAUUGAUUACGUCAAUAGAUAUUUAUAGUGAUGAGUUUAGUUACAAGUUUACUAAAAAUAUCUUAAAUAUUUUUAUUUUUUAAUUACUUUUUCUAGAAACUUCUAUUAUAUUAUCUUAAAUACUUUUAAUUUUUUAAUUUUUUAGUUUAAAUAUUUUUUAUAUUUAAUUAAAAUCCUAGAUUUUUCUAGAUUAUUUUAACACAUUAUAAAUGGUCUUGCAUUUUCCUCUCAUCAUGUAUCUCAAUUCUAGUAUUCUACCCAUCAAAGUAAACGAAACAAAAAUAACAAAAUGCGAAUUCUUGUUUUCUUCUUGUUUAUUCACUGUCUGAAUAUAAGCUUCAUCAAUGGCGGAAUAUUAUCAGAACAAGAAGCAUUAUUAGCUAUUAAAUCUGCCAUUAAAGAUGAUCCUUAUAAAAGUCUAUCAUCUUGGAAAAACACUACUCACCAUUGCAAUUGGUCGUUCGUCACUUGCUCUUCGUCUUCUCACUCUCCCACUGUCAUUUCCCUGAACAUCUCCAACUUAGAACUCAAUGGUACUCUCUCUUCUCAAAUCAGUUUUCUUACAAACCUGCAAAACCUAUCUCUCCAUGAUAACUAUUUUUAUGGGCAUGUCCCGUCUUCUCUUUCUCUUCUUAAAAAACUCCAAUAUCUCCACCUAGAAUUUAACCAUUUUAGUGGCUCACUCUCUUUAUUUAUUAAUAUGUCGGAGCUUCGGUGCCUUUCCCUUCGUGGGAACGACUUUUCUGGUGAGAUACCAAAUUCUUUUUCUCUUCUUACAAAUUUGACUUUUUUGGAUUUUUCAUAUAAUCAAUUACAUGGUGAGAUACCAAAUUCUUUUUCUCUUCUUACAAAUUUGAGUGAUUUGGAUUUAUCAAAUAAUCAAUUACAUGGUGAGAUACCAAAUUCUUUUUCUCUUCUUACAAAUUUGAAUCGUUUGGAUUUAUCAAAUAAUCAAUUACAUGGUGAGAUACCAAAUUCUUUUUCUCUUCUUACAACUUUGAGUUUUUUGUUAUUAUCAAGUAAUCAAUUACAUGGUGAGAUACCAAAUUCUUUUUCUCUUCUUACAAAUUUGAAUCUUUUGGAUUUAUCAAGUAAUCAAUUACAUGGUGAGAUACCAAAUUCUUUUUCUCUUCUUACAAAUUUGAGUGUGUUGGAUUUAUCAUAUAAUCAAUUACAUGGUGAGAUACCAAAUUCUUUUUCUCUUCAUACAAAUUUGAUUGAGUUGUAUUUAUCAAAUAAUCAAUUACAUGGUGAGAUACCAAAUUCUUUUUCUCUUCUUACAAAUUUGAGAGAUUUGGAUUUAUCAAGUAAUCAAUUACAUGGUGAGAUACCAAAUUCUUUUUCUCUUCUUACAAAUUUGGAUCUUUUGGAUUUAUCAAAUAAUCAAUUACAUGGUGAGAUACCAAAUUCUUUUUCUCUUCUUACAACUUUGAGUUUUUUGUUAUUAUCAAGUAAUCAAUUACAUGGUGAGAUACCAAAUUCUUUUUCUCUUCUUACAAAUUUGAAUCUUUUGGAUUUAUCAAGUAAUCAAUUACAUGGUGAGAUACCUGUCAACAUUGGAAAGUUAACGAGUCUUCGUCAUUUGUUGGUUGCCAACAAUAACUUGAUUGGAAAAAUCACACCACAGAUUACAGGAUACAAUGUCACGAAUUUUAAAAACUCUUCUAUCUGCAACUUGGUUUAUCUUAUAACCCUUGAUUUAUCUUAUAACAAGUUUAAUGGAGAAGUUCCUCAUUGCUUGGGCAAUACUAGUACUCAAUUAACUGCAUUGAAUCUCCAAUCAAAUAAUUUCAAGGGCAUCAUUCCAUCAGCAUUAUUUUUUGCUUGUGAUUUAUUGGAUUAUGUAGAUUUUACUGACAAUCAGUUAGAAGGAGCUAUACCUAGGUCUUUAUCUAAAUGUAGAAACCUAAGAGUCCUAAAUUUGAGGAACAACAAAUUCAAAGAUCUAUUUCCAUACUGGUUAGGUAGCCUUCCAUCUUUAGAGGUUCUCAGCCUAUCCUUUAAUAAAUUUCAUGGUGAUAUAACCAACAAUUUAUCAAAGAUUGCAGCGUUUCCUUUUUCAAAUCUACAAAUUCUCGACCUUUCAAACAAUAAUUUUUGUGGUAAGUUGCCAUUCAUGUACAUCAAACAAUUUCGUUCCAUGAUGGAUAACAACAUGUCUACUAUAGGAAGUCCAAGGUACUUAGAAAUUGAAAAUGGUUAUUUAUAUAUGUACUCCAUCAAGAUGAUAGUAAAAGGGGUGGAACUGGAUUAUAAGGAGAUAAUUACUUCUAUGUCAACAUUUGAUAUGUCUAAUAAUCACUUUGAAGGAGAGAUUCCAAAUUCUAUAGGGAUGUUGCAAGCACUUCGAAAUCUUAAUCUUUCGCAUAACCUACUUAUCGGAAACAUCCCUCCAUCCAUUGGGAACUUAUCAUGGUUGGAUGGUUUAGACCUAUCAUCAAAUAGGCUUAUCGGUGAAAUCCCUCAAGAACUUGUUAGUUUAACAUUUCUCGAGGUUUUUAAUGUUUCAUAUAAUCAACUGGAAGGGCCUAUACCCCAUGGUAACCAAUUUGAUACCUUCCCAUCUGAUUCGUACGAGGGAAAUCUUGAAUUGUGUGGAGCACCAUUACUUGAAUGCAAAAACAAUACUGUUGUGCAAUCUUUGAACAAUGAUAAUGUGGAAGAAAAAACAGAAUUAUCGAUGUGGGAAGUUGUAGUGAUUGGAUUUGGAAGUGGUACAAUAGUUGGUUUGGCUUGGGGGUACUACAUAUUGUCAAUGGGGAAGCCUUUUUGGCUUUUUAAAUUGUUGAACAAGAUGGAAUGGGUUUUACUUGAUUUUCAUGACCACCAUUUCAGUAGAAGAAGUAGAACAAGAAGAACAAAGAACUAAAAGUGAUCAUCUAUCUGAGAAACAUUUCAUUUGUAGCAAGAAGUAGAGUAUGAUAGAAUGGGCCUUUUUGGGCUUUACUUGAAUUUGUAGCAUUUUCUUUUUCUUUUCACUGUACUUUAUUCAUAAUUAUAUUUUGUGAUAGUAACAUUUCUUUUCCAUAAAAAAAUAUAAAUGUGUGCCAAAUGGGUGAAUGUCUAUAAAGCAUAAAUGUCAUGUUUUCCAUUGCAUUGUUAAGUUAGUUGAUUUCGUUUUUCCGAGUUUGAUCAAUAAAUUAAUUUUCAGCUUUUACUAUAUUUACAAUAACACAACCCCAACCGUAGGUGUAAGCGAAGAGUGCUGCCGCCUAGGGCCCAAUCUUGAAAAGGGCCAAUAACUUAAGUCACCAUUAAAUUUAAUCGUCAUUUUCAAGUUGGGAAAAGAAAAGAAAAUAUUAGAUUAUUUUCCUACUUUUCUCUCAGUCUCAUUUAAUCUUUCCUUUUUUCCAAUUAAUCGUACAUUAAUUCUAAUAAAAUGAUUAAAAUUUUUUUCCAAAACAUCACAAUUUUCAAUUGUUAAAAGUAAUUGUAGUCUUUACCCAGAAAUGGUCACACAAUGCCAUGGAUAAAUAACAGAUUUUUUUUUUGUUCUUCAGAGUUUGCCAUUUUAUUUCUCGUUUCACUAUUCAUCUACAAAUUUUAAUAAUCCAAAUUAUAAUAAGCAACCUAAGAACCAUAACGAUAUUGUUAUUUGUGCCUUUAUUUUCUUGUUGAUUAAGAAAAAGAAUUUCUCCAUUCUUCUUUACGUAUACCAUUUCUUUUUUCACACUUUUCGAUAUACGAAUUCAAUCGUUAAUAUUUCUAUUUAUGCUAUCAAAAAAUUAUAGAAACUAGAAAUUAAUAAAUAUUGAAUCGAAAUAAUUCAAAUAAGGUCUCAUAUAACUAUAUUUUAACUUAUAAAUUACUAAUAAUAUAAAAGUGAGUUUGCUUAAUGACGAAAUCAACUAUCCUACAAGUAAAAACACGGAAAAAGGAUUAAAUACUUUCGUUUCAUACUACAUGUUUUUCUUGUCUUGUUUUGUCAAUUGGAAUGGGUUUUCGAGUGCUUAAUUUAGAGGGUUGAUUUGAUGGGUUAGAAAGGGAUUUCUUAGUGGAAGAUAUUUUAUUCAUUCUAAUUUUGGUGGGACACCUAAAAGAAAUUGGCAUGACUUUUAUACAGAAUUGAUUUUAACUUAUGAAUUUGUUUAAACUAUUUUUCUUUUAAAUAAAGGUGAAUUUGACAAACAUUUAGAUAUUCUUUUUUUCUUGAAUUUAACUUAUGAAUUUGUAAUAAUGAAGUUUACAAAUUGUUGUUGUUCUAGUGGUUUUUUAUUUUUGGAAGUAUUUUUACUAUGUAGUCUCUUUUUAGUUAUUGAUGUUAAGUAGUGAUAAUCAGAAUGAAUUCUUGUAUUCAGUUUUAUAAAAUGUGCUAUUUUAUAAAAUGUGAUAAUCAGUAUUUUUGCUCAUUGAUCACGAAUUCACGACAUCAACUAAACUUAACAGCCAAACCAAAUUUUUUAAUCAUUUUGAUAACGACUAGCACUCAAGAGAUCCCUUCUUUAUUUUACAAUGUUUGGAGCUAUAGAAAUACUUAUUACCAAGAAAAUGAACUAAUACAUCCAAUCUCGUUUAAUGCAUAACCUAACAUUUAUAACCAUGAUGACAACUAAUCAAAAUGCCAUUCACUACAUUUCUCAUAGUUAAUUACCAUAGUGAAUAAGGGUUAGCGCCAAGUAUGUUCAAAGUAACUCACAAUGACAUUGAGCACUAUAACUUAUGAGAACACUAAGGUUACACAACUUACAAUCAAAAUAUCCAAGCAUAAAAAUGAUAAUUACAACUAAUAACGACAACCAUACAAUCCUAAAAUAACAACUUUUAGCGACUAAUGAUAUUAAUCAAUAACCACGAUUAGUUAGCAACAAUCACUAAUCAACAUUAACAAAGAUAAUAAGGGCAAUUAGUAACCAUUCUUUGCGGCCAACGAUCCUAACCAAUAUUAAAACCAAUACCACCACCCUAUUUAACCACAAUUUCCUCCACAAAUACUCAUUCAAAGCUAUCCAAAUGACCACAAUACUUCAAAAAUGUAGUAUGAUAGUACACACCAUUAAGAGUAAUCAUUCUAUAAUCAAACCCUAACCACUUAAUGCUCAAGGAUAACACCAUUUCUAUUACCCAUGUUAAGAUUAAACCAAAUUAAUACACAAUCAACACACAACCCAUAAUUUCUAAUCAUACUUCAAACCCUAAAUCAUAAGUAUGUUUAAUUCAUCAAUCAAGCUCUUACCCACAAAAGAUUCAAUGAAAAUAAUACAAAAAUCAUUACUAACUCAUAAACUUGAUAACAAUUUUAAUUAAAAACAAGAGAAAAUCAAUUACGGAAGAGGAUAUGGCUUACUUAGGUGAACAAGAGAAAGGGGUGAAGAGAAGAGUGGUUAGUGUGGUGGUGGAUGGAGUCAUGGCUCAUACUGUUGCUGUCACAGCCGCUAGUUGCUGGCGGCAAGGAAUGACGCGGCUGCUGAUGGUGUAAUUGUAUUUUUAAUAUAAAUAUAUGUUAAUAUUUAAAUUCGUAUAUAAAAGGAAUUUAUUAAAACUACUUCAAAAUUAAUUUAAUAUAAUUAUAAAAUAACCAAAAGUCAUUAAAAUAUUAAUUAAUGACGUCAGAAAAUCUCGGGGUGUUACAUUAUUUUUGCUAUUUUAUUUACUUUUUUUGUUAAAUUACAUACAAAAACAGGUUACCAUAUGCACAACAACAUUUAUGAGUAAUUGACUUAAAAGCUGGUAUUAUUCAUGGUUAAUCAAAAGUUGGGAUUAUUGUAGGAAAAUAAGUGAAAGAUUGGAUUAUUAAGGGUAAUUUUUCCUAUAUAAUUUUCGUCCAUUUGUAUAAAAUUGUUUAAACAUUUUCAACUAACAAGAAUAAAUAAAUUAGUUGAUUUCGUUUUUCCGAGUUUGAUCAAUAAAUUAAUUUUCAGCUUUUACUAUAUUUACAAUAACACAACCCCGACCGUGGGUGUAAGCGAGGAGUGCUGCCGCCUAGGGCCCAAUUUUGAAAAGGGCCAAUAACUUAAGUCACCAUUAAAUUUAAUCGUCAUUUUCAAGUUGGGAAAAGAAAAUAAAAUGUUAGAUUAUUAUUUUCCUACUUUUCUCUCAGUCUCAUUUAAUCUUUCUUUUUUUCCAAUUAAUCGUACAUUAAUUCUAAUAAAAUGAUUAAAAAUUUUCCAAAACAUCACAAUUUUCAACUGUUAAAAGUAAUUGUAGUCUUUACCCAGAAAUGGUCACACAAUGCCAUGGAUAAAUAACAGACUUUUUUUUUGUUCUUCAGAGUUUAUCUUUUUAUUUCUCGUUUCACUAUUCAUCUACAAAUUUUAAUAAUCCAAAUUCAAGAAAAAGAUUAAGCAACCAAAGAACCAUAACGAUAUUGUUAUUUGUGCCUUUAUUGUCUUGUUGAUUAAGAGAAAGAAUUUCUCCAUUCUUCUUUACUUCACUACUAGAUAAAAGAGCAUAGGCAACACCCUUUGGCAACGGUUUUAUUUUAUAGCAACAGCUUUAGCAACGGGUACAAUAAAACCGUUGCAAUAGAUAAGAAAAGGCAACGGGUUCAAGUAAACCGUUGCAAAAGAUUAGAAAAGGCUACGGUUAUCUUAUACCCAUUGCAAAAGACCUUAUACUAAUAAUUUUUUUUUUAUUUCCCUCUCAAAACUGACCCCAAUCCCUCACAAACCCUUCCUUUCGAAAUUUUUUCGAAAUUUUUAUUUCCCUUCGACAUUUCAGAAUCCAGCGCCCAUUCACUUCCCUUCCCUCACAAACCCGAUUCCCUCACAAGCCCUAAUCCCGCCCAUUGCCGCCGCCUGCACAUCGGAGGAACUGCCGCUUUUUCAGCCGGUGCUGCCGCUACGCUGCCCUUCAGCCGCCUUUGAACCCACGACAGCAGGUAGUUUUAAUUUUAUUUUGCCUUUCGUUUUCUUUAAAUUUGUUGUUCUUGUUUCUUGUUGAUUUCAAUUUAUGGCUUGUUCUUUGAAUUUCUUGGGCUUUGUUGUAAUUAUCAGAUUAAUGUAUGUGUAUUUCAUCAGUUUGAAAUGUUGGGUUGUACUGAUUUUCGGUCUUGGCUCUGCGAAGGAACAAGAUUUCGCCUUUUUGUUGGGCUUUGUGAGAUUCUUUCAAAGUAAUGCUAAGAAAAAUUGAUGGAGUUACUUCAAAAUUGAAGUUCUAGAUGAUAAGAUUAAAGCAAAAGUAAGUUUUUGGCCUAUGAUUUCACUGUGUAAGGUUUUCCUUGAUUCUUCAUUUCUGGAAAGUAAGCUUCAUUGAUUCUUUGUUUUUUUUAUUAAAUUUGAUAAUUGUUCUGAAUUCUGGGUAUUUUUUGAUUGUGAUAGAUAUCAAAGUGGAGAUAGAUUGUCUGCUGAGCAUGAGAGAACAAUUCUGGAGAGAUUGCUUUCCUUACCAUCCUGAAUAUGAAAAGAAAAUUGGAUGUGGAGUUGAUUACAUCACUCGCGGAACUUGCUACAGAAUUGCUCAAGUGAUAAUGACGUGACAUCUACUGAUAGUACAGAGUUCCAAUGCAUUAAUGUUUUAGUGACUGCUGGAUCAUUGAUACCAAGCCUUGUCAAGUGCUUACUCUUUAAACUGGAUAGCUUGAUAAUCUGUGAAAAUGGUAUGUUUUGUCUAAGUUUUAUGAUUCUUUUCAUUUAACUUUUUGUCUGAGAUACUUGCAUGUACUUAUCACUCUGAACUGGUACAUUGGACCCCCUUGCUCAACAUAUAUGUGCAUCACUUUAGUAGCAUUAUGGCAAUACAAUGUUAUAGCUAUGCUGUUGCUUUACCUCAUUGUAUUAAUGGUGAAUCAUUAAUGUCUGACAUUUACCUCAAGUUUGUUUUCAUCGUUUGAGUUGUCUUUGUUCUUGUGUAAUGAUAUUUCCUUGAAUAAAUAUGGUGUGUUCUUAGAUAGAGUAUGUUAAAGAUGGAAAUUUCUAUUAGAGUAUAUAAAAUAUAUCGAGAGUUACAAUUGAUGCGUUUACUUGAUCAUCCCAAUGUGAUCUCCCUCAAGCAUUGUUUCUUUUCUACUACCAGUAAAGAUGAGCUGUUUAUUGCUACUGUUUGAUGUGUUCUCUGGUGUUAUUUCUACUGUUUGAUGUAAUUUGUUGGCAGCAUUGCUGCUGUUUAUUAUUUCGAUCUAUUUCAGGUCUAAUAUCUUGGUUAUCAUUGGGACAUUGUUAGGCAUUCCUGGAAAAUCAAAAGACCAUAAAUCUGCUCGUCGGGAUUUGAAAUACCUGCGAGAGGAGAAAGACCUUCGAUGGGUGCCGGAGCUUGAGGUUCAAGAAUUAGAAGAUGGAAGUGAAGAGUUUCCGACAUCUAUGCUUUGGAUGAAUGGUGAUGAAAUUGAGCCGUAAAAGAACAUAUUUAGAAUUUUGUGUGGCUUUUGGAAACAUUUUGUGAACUUGUUUGUUCGAUACUUUUUAGACGUAAUGAUGUAUAGGUGAAUAUUUGGUUGCACUAGGUUAUGGAAGAAUUGAUCCUUAGUUUUUGAUAUAACAAGUUAAUCGUGUAAAUUUCUUAACUAUAAUAUUUGUAAUCAAAUUUCUAAUUACAUCUUAUGCUAUC